AUAUAUUUUCCACGAAAGGACGGGGUUAAAAUCUUAGCAAGCAGACCAAGAACGUUUGAUCGGUUAGGCCAAAGUUCGGGCGAUGUGGGGGAAAACGAGAAUCUUGCGGAGUCUGCUGCGGACACUAGUCUUAGUUUUGAACAAAGAUUACAGCUACAGGAACGUGAAAUGCGGAUGCUAGAAUUACGAAGGAAAAUUAUACAGGAGCAAAGGGAAAUUAGACAGCUAGAGAGGGAGGUUGAGAGAGAGAGGCGCAAGGCAGAGAGGGAGGCGGAGAAAGAAAGAAGAUAGUAUGAAAGGAAAAAGUCCCAGGAAGAAGAACGUUUGAUUCGAGAAAUGGAGAGACUUAGAAAACUCAGAGCUGAGAAAGAACAAUUUGCUGCAAGAGAGUCGGAAAGAUGGCAGGUGAGUAACAAUGAGACGAGAGGGCCCAAAUUUAUGAAAAUCAGAGAAAUGAGGGAAAGUGAAGAUUUAGAUGAUUAUUUCCGGAUUUUGAAAUGA